AGCGAUUAGUCGUAGUUCUUGCGAUAUCGUCCAUUUUCUUUUGGCCAUCUUACGUACGAUCGCGGUAUUGUGCGUUGCACUUGUUUUUGUAUUACAAUUAAAAAAAUCUAAAUCUUUUAAAUUAUAUAUAAAUCGUUAUAAACCGUACGUUUUAUAAUUCUAAAAUAGUUCUUUCGACUCGCGUAUAUUUAUUUGUCGUGUGCUAAUGCGUGGAAUUUCAGAAAAUUCUCCAACUCGCGCAAUGGCGGAGGAAUUGGAUGUCGAAGCGAUGCUGGAAGCACCAUAUAGAAAAGGGAAGAAAAAGGAUGUGUGGUUGGCCAUUGGUAGUUUAAGACCAAGGCAUGCUCAACCCAAGAUUGCAAUGCUUUCCUAAAACCCGAUAAAACGAUUGGUAAGUCUGAGCAAGGUGUUAUGCGACGACUCGCGACACUAAGCUCGCCCCGUCUCUCUUGUUCUCUAUUGCUAUUCCCCUAUCUCAGCCCCCUGAGACCAGUAAAGUCUGCCUGGAAAAGACAAAAGAGCACAAGAGUUAUACCACCAUCCGGCAAUCAUCUCUAUACUCGAAAAUUUAGUGCUCAAGGGAGAAAUAUCAACGUGUUCAUAACUAGCAAAGUCAACUUAAUGUUAUAUUUAAGUUUUUAUAGCUGCUGUUUAAAUUCAAAAUGUUGAACAUGCAUAAAACUCAUUAUUAUGAAACCUACUAACGUUCAAUGAUUUGCUUUUUGUCCCCUUGUUCGCGCGACCCUGCCACAUCGGCUGGCUGGCAUGGCAUUCAACUGUUUGCUGUUCGUAGGAGCAGGACUCCUCCUCCAAAGACAAGUCCUCCAAGGAAAAUGAGUCUAGUCGCAAAUCAUCUGGGUGAGUUUUAAAAAUUUAUUUUUUAUCAUUACAGUUAUUAUUAUCAUCAUUAUUAUUAUCAUUAUUAUCAUCAUUUUUACUUUUAUACUAAUUUUCUUAAUACUCUAUUAUAUUAUCUACGGUACAGAAAUAUUCUUUUCUUUUUAUAUAUAUUACUUUUAACAUCAAUUCUUUAAGAUGGCCAAUUAGCACAUCUUGACAAUAUAAGUUUUUAUGCAGCAUGCAAAAUUAAUAGGUUGUUUUAAAAAUUAUUAUAGUAAAAGUGAAAAAAUGUAUUCUUUUUAACACAAAUUAUUCAGCAGAUCACAAGUUUAAUUAAUGCAAUAUUAAAGAUGAAUAUAAACUUGUCUUUGCAAUGGCCAUUUGAAGUUAUAUUCUCUUUGUUAUAGACUCCAUUCAAUUAGUGUAAAUGCUGGUUAUUUUGAUAAUUCCAAAGGUUAGACUUCUGAAUGGUAAGUACAUAGGACCAAGAAUAAUAGAAGAUAACAAAUUUAUUUACAGUAAGUGGUCAUUUGUAUUAGAAUUAAAAGAAAAAAAAAAGAAAUAAAGAAAAAAGUGAAUCUUAUAAGCUUUUUAAGGAUUUUAUUAUCAAUAAUGUAAUUAAAUGUAGCAAUUCAUGAACAUUUUCACAAAAAAUAUUAUCUUUUUGAAUGGAAACACUGUAUCAUUUCUUCAACAAUGUGGAAAUAUGUGUAUAAAGUUACCAGAUUUUUUAUUCUAUCCUAUUAAUCGAUUUUUUUUCUAUAAUACAUUACAUGGUGUCUUUUAUUAUGGACAAAUUAAACAUUUUCUAUAAGAAAUAAAAUUUAUAUAUGUAAAAUUUAUUCUCAUCUAGUAUCAUAAGCGUGUUUUAUUUCUUCUCUAUUGAAUUAAAAUAUCUUUAUUAAUACAUAAAUUGAGAUGAUUUGGCAGGAGGAUAGUAAAAAAAUAAUACCUAAUAUCGUUCGAAAACAUGUUUUUAUUAAAAUCAUGUUUGAAUGUUAUAUUUCUAUCGCUAAUUCUUAUGUUUCUUUUUUUAGAAAGAGCAAACAUCGAUCUCGUUCCCGUUCACGAUCUCGCGAUCGUCGAGAUAAAGACCGCCGCGAUCGUGACAGAGACAGGGACAGGGACAGGGAUAGGGACAGAGACAGGGAUAGGGACAGAGAUCGCGAGAGGGACCGGGAUAGAGAUCGUGACCGCGAUCGUGAUCGCGAACGCAGACGAAGAUCGCGAUCGAGAGAUCGACGUGAUCGUGACAGAGACAGAGAUGGCGAUAGAGACCGAGAUCGAAGAGACAGAGACAGAAGAAGAAAAAGAUCUCUUACUCCAAUUACAUUACCAAGAGCUCGACCAUCUUUUGGUAAAGGUGUUAGCCCUCUUGGAAUCAGAAACGACGAGUUGACGCCUGAAGAGCGAGAUGCUCGUACAGUAUUCUGUAUGCAGCUUAGUCAACGAAUACGUGCACGUGACUUAGAAGAAUUUUUCUCUAGUGUUGGCAAAGUUCAAGAUGUCAGGCUCAUUACAUGUAACAAGACCAGACGAUUCAAAGGGAUUGCGUAUGUCGAAUUUAAAGAUCCCGAGAGCGUUACACUUGCGCUUGGACUAUCAGGCCAAAAGUUACUUGGUGUUCCUAUAGUAGUACAACACACUCAAGCAGAGAAAAAUCGCAUGGGUAAUUCUAUGCCAAAUUUAAUGCCUAAAGGGCAAACUGGACCUAUGAGAUUAUAUGUAGGUUCUCUUCACUUUAAUAUAACGGAAGAAAUGCUUCGUGGGAUUUUUGAACCCUUUGGAAAAAUUGAUAAUAUUCAAUUAAUUAUGGAUCCUGAAACUGGUAGAAGUAAAGGUUAUGGUUUUUUGACGUUUAGGAAUGCAGAUGAUGCUAAGAAAGCCUUAGAGCAAUUAAAUGGUUUUGAACUAGCUGGUAGACCAAUGAAAGUUGGAAAUGUUACGGAACGUACAGACUUAAUUCAGGGUCCCUCACUUUUGGACACAGAUGAAUUAGAUCGAAGUGGUAUUGACCUUGGUGCAACUGGCAGAUUACAAUUGAUGUUCAAAUUGGCCGAAGGUACUGGUCUUGAAAUUCCUCCUGCAGCAGCAAAUGCUUUAAAUAUGGCACCUGUUAUUUCUGCUCCACCACCACCACCACAAGCUGCCCCACCAAUUGCGACACAAUGUUUUAUGCUUUCAAACAUGUUCGACCCACAAAACGAAACAAAUCCAAAUUGGGCAAAAGAAAUACGUGAUGAUGUAAUAGAAGAAUGCAAUAAGCAUGGCGGUGUACUACACGUAUAUGUGGAUCAAGCUUCUCCACAAGGAAAUGUUUAUGUUAAAUGCCCGUCAAUAGCAACGGCAGUUGCUGCGGUCAAUUCAUUACAUGGCCGAUGGUUUGCUGGUCGAGUUAUAACCGCUGCUUAUGUACCGGUUGUAAAUUAUCAUUCUCUCUUCCCAGAUGCUAUGACUGCUAUUCAAUUAUUAGUCCCAACUGCACCUCGACGAGGAAUAUGAUCUCAAAUGAAUCAGACCAUUUAAAAUGUUGUACAUUUUUUGUAGCAUUACAAUGAUUGUGCUGGUAUCCUCCUCCUCUUUCCCUUAAAAAAGUAUCCUUUUCCUCUUUCCCUUAAAAAAAAAGAAAAAAAAAAGAACAA